AUGUACAAACUUCACUGUUUCAGACGUUGGUGGAUUAAACAAAUACCGAAGACAAAUUUAUUCUUUAUAAUCAAUAUUGCACCGCCUGGAUCUCAGACAGUUCUAUGCAAGUGUAACUGUCAAAAACGAUUUCGUUAUGGUGCAAGAAUAGCGAAUAUCCUUUUUGCCUGUUUAUUCUUUCAUAUUAAAUAUGAGAAUAAUUUCUGA